AUGAUUUAUGGAUGUCCUGCUGGUUGGCCGAUACUAGCACUUGCAUCAAUAUCAGGCUCAUUAGUAUCAUUCAUAAUCUUUAAAUAUUUAUUGACUAAGAAAGCUCAAUAUUUAAUUUCAAUCAAUGAUAAAUUCAAAGCAUUUUCCGAAAUUUUGAAAGAUGAUACAAAUUCGUUAAUUUUACUCAUAUUAAUCAGAUUAUGUCCAUUGCCUUAUUCACUUUCAAAUGGGGCAUUAGCAGCAAUACCAGAUCUCAAAAUUUUGAAUUUCUUUUUAGCUAGUUUAAUAACAAGUCCUAAAUUACUUAUUCAUUUAUUUAUCGGUUGGAAAUUGAAGGAACUCGGCAGUGAGAAAACAACAAGUAGUAGAAUUGUUGAUAUUGUGUCUAUUGUGAUUACGAUUUCUGCUGCUAGUCUAGCUACCUAUUUAAUAUAUGUUAAAAUGCAACAAAAGUUAUUUGAGAUGCAUUCUGAUGAGUAUGAAUUUGUCGAUGAUAAUUUAGUAUUUGGCAAUUUUGAAGAUGAUUUGGAAUUAGGAAGUCAAGAGAAUUCAAGUUAUAAUAUUGAAUUAAAUUCGAAUGAUUUUGAUGUUGACAAUUUUAUAAUUGAAAGUGAUGAUGAUGAUAGAGAUGUUAGAUUUGAUAAUAGGGAUGAUUCUAAAAUAGAUAAAUAG